AUGCAGAUGCCAGUCGUCAAACGUGUUCUCACAUGUCCCCAUGCCGUUAUUUGGCAAGAAGAAACUGCUGACAUUGUAAACUACUCUUACCGCACCGACAGUGAGAAAAAGAUUGAUCAGAUCGAAAGCCGGCUUGGCAAUAUUGAGGUCCUCCUCAAGAGCAUUGCCAACCCGGCUGCACCAAUUCAGUUUCAAUUUGACCCAACGGCGGUAGGGAGCACGCCUCAGACAGGUAGUAGCAGUAUUCCAACUGCUGCGUCCACCGGCGAUUAUGACAGCAGCGACGAUGAAUCAGCGUAUGGCGGUGACACGGGCUUGAUUGCCCAUACCACAUUCGCCAGCGAGUUCCUCGAGAGCGCCGUCAAGAGGACAUCUCUUCGUGAGGUGAAUCCCAAGAUGGCUGCUGGUUUAAACAACCUAAGUCAAUUGGUUGAGAUGCAAAAGCGCCGAUCGAUAAGUCAUGGCCCACGGUUCCCGCUGCAAAAGCCCGUGCCACCGGGUGGUAUAUCCAAACUUCCCAUGCCGCCGAUGCAGGCAGUGGUCAGCCUCUUGAAACAUGCUAAAGCUGCUCCGCCAACGUUGUUCACAAUUAUGUGCUCGCUUGUGGGCCUGCCAGACUUCACCGGUCUGUGUCGCAGAGUGUAUUUUGCAACGGAAGAAUUUUCUGAUGCCACAUUCAUAAUCGUGAAUGCUAUGCUCUAUAACCUUUUCAUGGAGCAAAACUCACUCGCCACCGACCCCAUGGCGCGGGAUGAGUAUCAUGCAUAUAUGCGCCAGAGCCAGGCGAACCUUGAGACUGCUCUAGCGAAUACCCAUUUGUUUUUGGCAACCAGGGUCGAAAAUGUGCAAGCUUUGCUGCUGGGUGCCCUAUACGCUGUAGAUGUGUCGCGUCCUUCCGUCGCAUGGCACCUGUCAUGUAUGGCGGCUCAACUCUGCCAAACGGGAGGGUUUCACCGGUCAGAGUCACUCAAAUAUGAUCCCCCGGCAACAGCAAAACUGAAGCGAAUACUCUUCUGGCAUGUAUACACUCUCGACAAGGGCCUUGGCCUUCGACUGGGUCGAUCUCCAGUCAUCCACGAGUGCGACAUUGACAUCCCACGUGUGUUUGAGUUUGACGGUUUAGGUCAAGAAGAUUCAUCGACGAUUCCAACGCUCUGGAUCAAGAUGAGCUACCUGCAAAGUCGGAUAUAUGAACAGUUGUACAGUCCAAGCGCCUUGAAAAGUCCUCCUGGAGAGCUUGUAGAAAGAGCAAGAGCCCUAGCAAGUGAGUGCAGGAAGUUCGAGAUCGAAGCCGAUGAGGCUCGCAACCAAACGUACGACUACCUCAAGGCCGUAAAUUCCUCGGACCUCGUUGAUGUUUUCUUGCGAGGUGACGAGGUCCAGUUUCAAGUCACUCUUACGCUCGUGUAUCGCGUGAUUCCUGCACCGGAAGGUUCAGUGAGCCGGUUUUGCGACGAGUGCUUGGCAACGGCGCGAAAGGCCAUGAAGGUUCACCAGGAGUGCACAAAGAAAUCCACCAUUGGUGGUUACUUCCGAUCAAUUUAUAUUCAUUGGAACCUCCUCCUCACCCCAUUCGCCCCAUUCUUCGUCCUCUUUUGCUACGUAAUCGAAACAGGGUCACUAGAUGACCUUCGCUUACUGCAGGAAUUCGUAGACUCCCUUGACGAAGCAAGGGACGCGUCUGAGACGAUCGAGAAGCUCUAUCGCCUAUGUCAAGUCAUGUGUGACGUGGCCGGCCUUUACGUGGAAGCCAAGUCACAGCAGCAACAGGACCAAACCAUGGUCCCGAUUGGCGACGAGUUCGAAAUGUACCUCAGCCAGCUUGGCUUCAUGCCCACCGAGGACCAGGCCAUGGGAAACACCAACGCCGCAGGUGGCCCACAACCUCUGAGUGGACAAGCUGCGCAAAUAGCAGACUGGUUCUCAGGUAACCGAAACAUGAUGGGGCUCCUGGAGGAGGACUUGUCGCACAUUGACUCGUAUCGCUGGAUGCAGCAGCAGCAACAACAGCAACAGGUGCAACAGGUGCAACAGCAACAGGUGUCGCCCCAAGCGGCGCAGGCACAACAGACCUCCCCCAUGUAA